AUCCCUCAAGUAAGGAUGAAAUCCGUGGACUCGUCAUAUCGUAAAAGAAAUAAAUUUAUCAGGUAAGCAUAAAUUUCCUUUUUGCACUUGUAAGUCUUCUAAAGAUUCUUAUUCAUAUUUGUUGGUAUUUUCUUUAAUUAAACACUAAUUAUGGAUCAUCUUGUUCCAUUUGUUUACAGACUGCCAGGACCUUACGAGCAGAAUAAAUAUAAUUAGUGCGGAUCAGUUUAUUCCAGCAGAGCCCGAGGACUUGACGUAAUUAUCAGAAAUGGAUAAGCGCGUGUGUUUGUCAGCGGAUGUACAUGUGAAGACAGAAAAAGAAGAUUCGGAUAUUGAGGGUGAUGUGACCACAAUAAAGUGUGAAAUUGAUCCAGAUGAUUGUUUUCCAGUAAUUGUACAAGACGGUUUAGAGGUGAAGUCAGAGAGAGAGCAGUCAGAAGCUGAGGAUCAUGUGCCCCUGUUAACGGUUGAAAAUUAUACCUCUACAGCCAACGGUUUUCUAGAGAUUUUAGAGGUGAAGUCGGAACAAGAAGAGACGGAUAUUGAAGAUCAUCUGACCUCAAUAAAUAUUGUAAAAAUUGGAUCCACAGUUGAUGGUAAUAGAUUAAAUAUUUUACACCCACUCCAGAGAGCAGCAAAAAUCAGAUUGGUACCACACAGCCCAAACAUACAAAAAGACGAUGAUUAUUAUCAAACUCUGGAAGUAUCUCAACAGUCAACUGAAGAAGAUGAGAGCUCAUCAGAAGAUGAACAACACACAACGUGCACAGAGGCUAAGAAAGGUGUGAAACAAAAACAAAACCUUGACAAAAGGAUUCCAGCUGAAAAUAAACCUUCCACUGAGGGCUCAAAACAUAUUAAACAAAAGGAGAGUCUUCAAUCCCAAAAACCAAAUCCCCCCGAGGAUAAGUCGUUCACUUGCACCGAAUGUGGAAAAAGUUUUACAAGCAAGUACGGUCUCCAGAUACACCAAAGGAUCCAUACAGGGGAGAGGCCUUUCACAUGUAAAGAGUGUGGAAAAUGUUUCACACACAAGAGUAAUCUUAAAUAUCAUGAAAGAAGCCACUCAGGGGAGAAACCGUUCAGUUGUACAGAAUGUGGUAAAAACUUUACAUACAAGUCAAUUCUCCUGCAACACCAAAGGAUCCAUUCAGGGGAGAAACCUUUCACUUGUCCAGAAUGUGGGAAAUGUUUCACACAAAAGAGUACUCUUGCGUAUCACAAAAAGACCCACACAGGGGAGAAACCGUUCACUUGUGUGGAAUGUGGCAAAAGUUGUGCAAAUAAAUCAAAUCUUCUAUUACAUGUGAUUGAUACAGGUGAAAAGCCUUUCACAUGUACAGAUUGUUGGAAAUGCUUCGCGUACAAGUCACAUCUCCUAAGACACCAAAAGAAUCAUAUAGGGGAGAAGCCUUUCACUUGCACAGAGUGCGAGAAAAAUUUCACCAAAAAAAAGUAAUUUCAAAUUCUAUGGAAGGAUCUGCACAGGGAUAAAUAAUGCACCGAUUGGUUCAUACAGGGGUGAAUCUAUUAACAUGUACAGAGAGUGGAAAACACUUUUUACCCAAGAUAAUGAUGGUGGUUACUAUUUUUAUGAUCAUCUCUAUCCAAGUUUAUUGUAUACAGUAUUUUUAACUAAAUCAACUCUAUAGUGACAUUUUAAAUGUACGUGCUCUGCAACUGCUGAAUAUUUUGACAUUUGGUAACUCAUUUUACUGGUGUCUGUAACAGACCAAAACUCCGCUUCUCUGAUUUCUUCUUAUACUAUGGGAAACUACAAAUGAGAUUACCAAGUAAUCAGAGCAAGAGGGAGUUUCUUGUUGUUGUACUAAACUAAAGUUCUAGUCCUCCUCGAGGCAUUUUUUAAAUUUCAUUUAUUAAUUUGCAUAGUCCUGUAUCUAAGCUAAGACUGAAAUGUCCUAAAAUGUAUAGAGAGUCACAGCUCUCUUUUUUUUUUUUUGUGUAGUGAAGAUCAUUUGCUAGUUUGCUUCUCUACACAUUUAACCGUGACUAGGAUGGACUAUCUACUAAUGGUAUCAUAAUGAAAUGUAAAACUGCUAAAGGACAGAUCAGGAAUCUGUUAUGCUCUGUAAACUAACAGUAUUAAUAUGAGGUGCACAUGUUCACACACUCAAGGCAGAUAUUUUUUAUAGUAAUGUAUUAUAUAUAAUACAGAAGGGAUUUACAGGUCAUGUAGCAUAAGUGUCUGUGUAGUGAAUAUACAGAAGGUUUGUAACUAAGUUACCUUAACAUCUUGUGUAGCCAAGUGCUGAGGAAGUUUUUAUUUAUUAAAUAGGUAUUUUAAAACAGUAGAAAAAUUCAAAGGUAAAAAAUGUGUUUAUAAUGAUGUAAGAGUUUAUGUUUUCAUUCAAACAGCAAAAGCAGAAAAAAUCCUAGUUUUGUCUUUUUCUUAAUAGAAGAUUGAAACUUUAAAUGGUUUCUCCCACCUAAAGGGACAGUUUAGUCGAACGUAAACUCAUGAUUCAGAUAAGGCAUGUGAUUUUAAACAACUUUCCAAUUUAAAUUUUUCAUCAAAUUUUAUAAGCCUUUGAAGACCACCUCUUAUCUCUAUGCAUUUUGACAGUUUUUCACAGCUAGAGGGCGCUAAUUCAGGGGUAUCAUAUAUGUAACAUUGUGCUCACGCCCUGGAGUUAUUUAUGAGUCAGCACUGAUUGGCUAAAAUGCAAGUCUGUCGAAAUAAGGGGGCAAUUUUCAGAGGCUUAGAUACAAGGUAAUCGGAGGUAAAAAGUAUAUUAAAAAAAAACUAUUUUUAUAAAGGGAUUAGCUAUCUUUUUAAAACUAAUAAUAAUUCUAGAGUAGACUGUCCCUUUAAUAAUAAUUAUAACAUAUAUAGCUAUUGGGGGGAUUCACAUAUUUGUAUGUUUCCAAAGUCAUUCAGAUAAAGUAUAAACUAGAGAUUCAUUACUUGAAGUGCUUAAACUCUGGUAUUUACAUUUUUCCUUAUUUUUAAUAACUAUCUUGAUAAUGAUAUAUGAAGUUUUCACCAAGUGUUACUAAUUUCUAUAGCUUAGUGGAAAGUUAUUUGAUUUAGUUAAUACCUAUGUUUUUUAUCUGUAACUCUUUUGCAAUCAUUUUCUACCAUAGCCAAUACUUUAAUGACCUAACGUUAAUAAGACCUAUUACAUAGUUUAAAUUAUCUGGAUUAUGUUCAAAUCCCCUUGGUCAUCUUUUAGUUGCUGUGUUUUGAGCCUUAUUAUAUGAUACUUACUAAAUAUUUUAAAGGAAAAUCAAAGUAAAAGAAUAUCAGUGUUGUUCUCACUCACUAGUUAGAAAUAUACAUUUGUACCAUUGCAUACAAACUAACAAAGUGUUUCCCUAUUGGACAUGUUGGAACUGAGGCGUUGAAGUAUUUUUUCUUUAGCAUUCCAUGUGACGUCUCAGUAUAGCAGAAUGUCGUUUUAUUGAUAACUUCCACUCACCUCUGUACAACAUAGCCAUUUAGCCGUUACAUUUCACGGUACAUUCUCAGUAUAAUUAAACAUAUAGUAUCUUAUUCAUUAUUUCUUCAUGUAAGUGUAUGUUCAGUACUGUAGAAAGCAGGUAAGACAUAUUCAUAUUGAACCUUUAUGGGGCCAAAGGUAGCAUGAAUCAAUGUGACAGACUCCAAGUGAAAACACUAAAUGACUAUACUUGAGGAAGAGCUGUGGGUCUAAAGCAGUUAUAGGAUGAUUCCUUCUCCAGCAUUACUAAAGAGACUGAUAUGGUGGAGGAAAUGGAACCCAAUGUAAAAAAAGCACUCACUCUUCCUUAACUCUGAGAGAAGGUCUAAAAAGUAAAUCCACUCUCUCAGGGUAAACAGAGGCACAGGGCACUUAAAAUGUGAGAUGAAAAGGACAAUGUAAGAAAUCAGAGAGCCAAGGAGCAGAGAGUGACCAAACCAAGGUUAAGGAGCCAGAUGUCACAGCUAAAGGUCAACCAACCAGGUGACUCCAGGACGCAAGCCAGGCGUCAGCAAGAUGAUAAUUAGCACAAGAGAGGUUAUGGGCACUGGAAGGGUCAACAAGGUGAGACAAGGAAUUGGGUUUCCAGAACAUCAGAAACAAUACUCACAUCACCAUAUGGAGAUCACCCUGGAGAUGUACCUGUGCUGUGACAGAGGACCACUCUACACAUACUGUAGUGCUGAACAAGGGCAGUGUAUAGUGAAUGAUGUUCUUCCUCCCCCGUAAUGGUAAAAACAUUGACUUUGUGUAGUGAAAAAACGUACUUUACCGAUACUAGGGCGGAGGAAUUCAGGUGGGCAUACGCUUCUCUGUCUCUUUACUACACUCCAGAGUUUGGGUUGCAUAACUCUGCUACAGGAUGAAGGGUCACUUGUUGGAUGACAACACCAGAAAAAUAUUUUUAUUUCUUCAGCGCCAGGGGGCGGAGUAUCCACCUGAACUUCCUUCCUGAGUGUAGAAUUAAGUGAACACAGGAAAACUAUGUGUUGUUUUCAGCACCAAUUUCUCUUUUAUCCGCUACCUUUUUUAACUGUAGUUUUGUUUUUUGCAUUAAAAUAUUAUGCAAUAAAUCUGGAACAAAAAUGUGA